UAUAGCUCCUUCAAAUAGUUUGUUUAGGUGUUCUCUCUACUAUUUUCAAUUUUUGUACUCUCCUUGCUUGGUUUUUGGUCUUUAAACAGCGGCUACAAUAUAUUUAGCAUCUCAGCAAGAGGAAUAUCAUUGAAGAGUGUGACUCAGUUAUGGAUGAGCAUGAUGGUGCAGGGAUUCUAGUGAGAGUCGAUGUACCUGAUCUCAAGUCACAGACCAGGAUAGUCAUAGGCAAGACAGACCCAGUGGGAUACGCUAAGCAAGCAGUCCUUGAAAAACUGAGUCAUGACUGGCCCAUUGAUGUUGCUAACAAUUACGGAUUUUACAUUCCUCCAACUGGCAGAAAGAAAGUAGGUCGAUUUCUAGAUGAAUCCAGACCACUGGUAGAAGAGCAAUCAGGAGUUAUCACUCAUCUAGAGCUACGGUACAAGAGAAGAGACUUGAGUGCUCUUGGAUUAUCAGAGAAAGCAUUAGCUAAAGCAAAUUCUAAAUCUAAUAUGAAGAAGUUGGUUGAUCAUGUGACGUCAGGGUCUAUCAAAAAGAUCGAGAAGCUAUUGGACUCUGGUCUAGAUCCAAACUUCAUCAUGGAGGAUGGAAACACUCCAUUGGGACUGGCGUGUGGUAGACAAGGUCGUAGUCAGUGCAUCAGUCCUCUGAUCUAUGGUGGAGCAAUCAUUGACUUCAGAGGCAGUGCUGGCCUCACUCCAAUACACAGAGCUGCCAUUGGCGGGAAUACACAAGCACUGAAAAUUCUUUUGUCAUUUGGUGCAUCUCCAAACUACACUGAUGUAAAGGGCACGACCCCACUCUAUCAUGCUGCCAUUAUGGGAGAUGAUGUAACCGUCUGUGAGCUAUUACUCAAGAAUAACUCUAUAGUAGGCAACACUGAUAUCAUUGGCUGGACUGAAUUGCAUCAAAUUGCAAAACAUGGUCAUGUCCAUAUGAUUGAUGCAUUGUUAGCGUAUGCUGCUGACAUUAAUGCUGUGAAUAAAGCAGGGAACACUCCACUGCAUGUUGCAGCACAGCAUGGACAGUUGGAUGCAGCCAUUCAUUUAUUGAAAAGAGGAGCCAAUCCUUACAUUCUCAAUUCAUCCCAUCAGCCUCCAAACCAAAGUGCAAUACUUUGUGGACAUCACAAUCUGGCAAAGGAGAUAGCAAAUUUUAUGAAGGAAGAUAUGGAUCCUGUUGAUCCUUCUGAAAGUGAGCCUGCUGGAGAGAGAUGGGGAACAGAGAGACGUGGAUCUCUUGGCAGUAGAGAAAAGGAAAUGUCACCAACCUCAUAUAGCUCUAAGACUCUGCCCUCUUCUUCAAGAGGUAAACCUGGGGCUGCUGUCGGUGCUCCAAAACUAAUCAAAGGACAAAGUUUAACUAACCUAUCACAGCAGAAAACACAAGUCCCCACACUCAGCACUAGUCCACCAACAAAAUACAACAUUACAAAGAAAGCCCCUGUGAUGCCAACUGGUAGUAAGAGAGGACCAAAAGGAAAAUCAGUCGAGGAAGACACAGAAGUAACCGAAGGCUCUCCUAGAACAGAAUCUUUAGCAGUACCUCAAUCAAGAAAACAUCGAUACUCAACUGAUCGUAAAACCUCACCUAAAUCCUUGCACCAGUCACCGACACCAGCACCAAUGCCAGGAACUCCUCCAUUGGCGAUAAGAGAGAGACUGUAUCCAGUUGGUACUCCUGGAAAGAAGUAUUUUGUUACAAUGAAUGUUGAUCCCGAGCAGGAAGGAGAUCUUCACUUAACUAGAGGAAUGACUGUUGAUGUUCUGUAUGUUGGUAAAGGCGGAUUCUGGGAGGGAAAAGUUGGAGAUGUAACAGGAUGGUUUCCACAGCAUGCCAUAACAGAGAAAAUGGAAGGUUGGGAUGAUCAGGCACAGCAGGCAGCAAAAGAGGAGAAAGGAUCUGAAAAAAUACCUGGCAUAAAAUCUGUUACUCUUUCCAAAGGGCCAAAAGGGUUUGGGUUUGCAAUGAGAGGCAUAAAAGCUGUUAAUGCAGGAGCUAACUGUAAACUAACACCAGAGAUCCCUGCACUGCAGUAUGUAGGCAGAAUAGAUAAAGGAAGCUCAGCUGAUAUGUCAGGAUUGCAAAAAGGAGACUUUAUCAUUGAAGUAAAUGGAGUAAACACUACUAAGAGUACACAUGAAGAAGUUGUGGGCAUUAUCAAGCAAUCAAACAGUGACAAGCUACAUUUGAAAGUCAUCACUCCUCUCAAGAAAGGUGCUGUUACGUCUUCAAGUAAACAACCAAAAGAAGAAUCGAAGGGUAGCCAUGAAGAACCUCCUCUAGCUGCACAAGAAUUACCCACUUAUCCAACUGGGGGUAGCUCUCCAAAGCAACAAGCAUGGGGCAUGCACUCAGAAGAAAAUGAAGGAGAAGGAGCAACGAAUUAUACACAAUCUCCUUUACCUCCUCAACCGAUAUCAAUGACUCCUCCAGAUAAAAAGAGAGUGAUCAUACAAGCAUUGCCAUCUUCUUCUCCAAAACUACAAACACGAGGCAGUCCCUCGGCAUCACCUUUACUGAGCAAUGUGAAAAAGUCUAGUCCACUCGUCAAGCACUCAUUGCAUGCAAAGGAUACUUCAAGCGAUAAAAAAGAGAUCGAGGCUUUGACUAGCAACAAAGAUCCAGGUGGCAUUUCAAGCUCAAGAUCUGAAGAAUUAUUGCAAAGAGAAGAGGAGAACUACAAGCUAAUGAUGAAAGAGGAUGAGGAGGAAGAAGAAGAGGGUCUCUCUGAGCUUGCUAAGCAGCUAAGGAAAGCUUCAAGAGAACGGUACAAGAGAACUAAGGAAAGAGAUGAUCAACUCCCCCCACCAUCAAGCCCAAGUCAAAGUAAAGUACCAGUUACUAAUGCAAGCACCUCUAGACCUCCUAAUGAUAAUAAUGUAGCUAGCAACACUAGUAGUCCUAAGAGCAUUAGUAGUCAUAUUACCACAAUGAAGCCAGCUCAAAGCAUACAUAAAACUGAAAGUAGCACUGUGACAAAACCUCAGUCACCAGUUGCUCCUUUGAAACAUGAUCUAUUAGCAGAGCCAGUAAAGGAUGAUGAUGAUGAUGAUGAUGAUGGAUGGGAGUACACAGAGGCUCUUACAGCAUAUGCUGAUGUCGUUCCACCGGCUACAACUUCAGAGCAAAAAGAACACAAAAUAGACACCACCUCAAAUAAGAGCAAGACUGAAAAGCAGUCUCUGAGUAAAAGAGAAGAGCAAGCAGCAUUAAGAGUAGAGCAUCUGAAGAAAGGCUACUUAUCUAGCAAACAAAAUGCUACAGCAUCUUCACCAAAGAGCCAGCACACACAAAAGCCUUCUUCUCCUAAGCAAGAGCAAUCCAAACAAAAGGUGCCUUCUUCUCCUAAAACUAAGUCAUCACCAUUAGUUUCACAUCAUCAGUCUUCAUAUGAACAAUCGUCAGCUUCACCUAAGGCAAGCAAGCAAAAAGAUGCAUCUCCACCUAAGCAGCAACAGCAAUCUCCUUCUCUUUUGUUAAAAGAAGAGAAAUACACUUCAUCACAACAAAUGUCAUUGAAAAGUGAUAACUUUGAUGAAAAAGAACCUGUCACGUCAUCAGCUGCUACUUUUAUGCCAAAGAAUCCUCCACCAAUUAAGCCUAAGCCAUCAGUUGGUAAAGAGGUUGAUGAUCUUCCUUCUUCAAUUGCUGCUCAUAAUACUUCAUCAACAUCAGCUGCUGCCUCUGUUGCUAGUUUAGCAAAAAACUUUUCCUCUCCAAAGAAAUCGAGAAGAGACUAUAGAGAGAAGCUACAAUAUUCCAAGAAAAAUAUUUCAAAUGACACAGCAUCAGGUCAUGCUCAAGAGAAAAGCAUUAGCUCAUUGAAAGAAACUAGCCCAAAAGAGGAGGAACCUGAAGAGCCUGAGCCAGAGCCUCAGCCUGUCAUGAGUUUGAAGGAUAAAUUUGAGAAAAUGGCUCAGAGCAAGAAGCCACCACCACCAGGCCCUAUCAAACCUAAACCAAAGAAACAGCCUGAGCCUGUAAAGCCAGCACCAGAACCUGUAAAACCUGUUUCUGAGCCAGCACCCGAGCCUGUAAAACCUGUUUCUGAGCCAGCACCUGAGCCAGUAAAACAAGUCAAACCAGUAUUUGAGCCUUUGAAACCAGAUCCCGAGCCAAUCCCACCAGAGCCUAAUGAAACUUUCCUACCUCCACCAGUCUUUGAAGAAUUUACAGACUCAAAUCGGUUCUCCAUUAUUUCCCUUGAGGAGCUCCCCAUACCUGCUGAGCUAUUGAAUGAUGAUAGCCUUGAGGAAGAAAAUAAUGAUUUCCUCCCUCCUCCUCCUCUAGUUGAAGAUGAAGAGAUGAAUGCAUCAUUUGAAUUACCUCCUCCUCCUCUUUCUCUAGCCCACAGUUCAGAUGAAGAAGCUGAGGUUGACAUGGAUCUGCCUCCUCCAUUGUUUUGCAUUGCCACCUCAAUUUGAAGAAGAUGGACUGACAAAUAUUACGGAGCCAGAGAUCCCAGCUCCACCUUUUACUCCGACAAUAGAAUCUUUCAGUGCUAUAAAAUCUGAAAGCAAGGCU